UAAAAGAAAAGAAAAAGAAACUGGCCCCUUUAGGAUGAGAUAGGCUACGAGACGAUUUGGUCUCUCAUUGAAUGCUUUACCAAACUCUGUUUCUUUUGUUAUCUUCCAUUUUCAACCACUUCUUCUUCUUCUUCCUCUCCUACAUCACCUGCUUCUCUUCAGGUUGAAACUGAAAUGGAGUGUGUUAUUGUUGAAGCUGCUCUGAAAACAAGUUUUCGAAAGGAGAUGGGUUUCAGAAAUUCACCAGCAGCUAUUUUUGAUGAUUUAUGUGCACCCAACAAUGUGCAGCAAAACGUCGUGUCGUCUGAUGACUUUAUUGUUGACGAACUCUUGGAUUUCUCUAAUGAAGACGAUGAGCAAGACCUGGUUCUACAAGAAGAUGGUGAAAAACAACAAACCCAGCAACAAAAAGAAUUUUUAGAUGAUAAAAUUAGUGAGUUCGGUGGAAAGGUUGAUUUUGAGUGUAUUCCGGCGAGUGAACUUUGCGUUCCGUCGGAUGAUUUAGCAAGUUUAGAAUGGCUAUCUCAUUUCGUGGAGGAUUCCAACUCGGAAUAUUCCGCUCCAUUUCCCGCCGGAGCUUUUCUCGACAAGCCAAAGCUACCCAACACUCACGGCGGCAGCAACAGUAGUAUUGCUUUUUGUGCACCACAAAAACCGGUUUUAACAGAGAAUUGUUUCAAGACUCCGUUUCCGGUGAAGGCUAGAAGCAAGCGGACACGGACCGGAGUUAGAGUUUGGCCUCUUUGUUCGCCGUCGUUGACGGAGUCAUCAUCUUCAACUUCUAGUUCUUCUUCCUCUUCUUUUUCCAGUCCUUCAAGCCCUUGCUUUUUAUUCACUGCUCCCGAUUUUAACCGUGAGCUGACCGAACCGGUUUUUUACGAAAAAAUAUCUGGUAAAAAGCGAAAGAAUAGGUUUUCCGGUGAGCCCGGUAGUGUCGGCGGUGGGUCUCAGUCCGUCAGAAGGUGUAGCCAUUGUGGUGUUCAAAAGACUCCACAAUGGCGAGCCGGUCCACUUGGAGCCAAGACUCUUUGUAAUGCAUGUGGGGUUCGUUUUAAAUCGGGUCGGUUAUUACCCGAAUAUAGACCCGCCUGUAGCCCAACUUUUUCGAGUGAAGUGCACUCGAACCAUCACCGGAAAGUUCUGGAGAUGAGGAAGAAAAAGGAGGUACUGGGUCCGGCGGAACCCGGUUUGGCAGCCCAUGAAGCGCCCAGUUUUUGACAAAUAUUUAGAGUUUAGUUACAGACAUAGCCAGUGUAUUAGGGAUUAUAGAUUGAACCGGAGGGUUUUACCCGGUUUGGGUAGGUCUGGGUCAGUGUACAUUUUUUUCCAUCCAACACUUGGUUGUUGGGGUAGGUUCGCUAGUUAUGUAGUAUCUCUAAAUUAGGAAAAGACUUUAAUGUUGGUGAAUUUUUUUA